UAUUAUUUUUGAGGUCAUCGGGUGGUGGUGGCCAUGGCGUUGAGACCCGCCGGAAGAAAGCUCUCCUUCCACAUUCUCUCCGAAACCAGUUCCUUCGACGACGCCGACGAAGCUCUUCUCCGUCGUUCAAACUCAGAUCCAAUUCGGAAUCACGAUCACCGCCAUGACCAAUCCGAUGAGAAGCAGAAGCUGCAUCGGAAGAAACGAAGGAAGCGAAAGAAGGCGACGAUGGCAGCGGCCAUCAAGUCCCCGAUUCCCGAGGAUACGAUCGCCGAGAAUGGCCUCGAAUUCGGUUCAGUAACGGACGGUUCUAGAAUCGCCGACGCGUUCUCUUCGAGCUACAACUGUUCGAACGGAGUUGAACUGAAUUGCGAGGGUUUCGGCGUCGCGAAGGUUGUUUGGCAGGAGAAUGGCGGGAGUGUUUCAACGGUGACGACGGUGGUCGCGGAGUCGCCGGGGUUUCAGAAUGUGUUUAAUUGCGGAGAGUUGAGGCAGAGGAGCGUCAAUGGCGGCGGCGGCGGCGGUGAUGGAGUCGUUGAAGAUGUUGCGUCGCGUGUGUGCGGUGAAGAAAAGGUCGAGAGCGGUGUGGAGGUGAAUUCCGCCGGGAAGCAGAGGAACGAGCCGAAUGGGAACGUGGUUACAAAAUUGGAGACCGCUGAAUCGUUGGAUUGGAAGCGGCUCAUGGCAGAAGAUCCAAAUUACAUGUUUUCUUCCGAGAAAUCACCAUUGAAAUACUUCAUGGAUGAUAUGUUAAGUGGGAAUUCUUUGCGGAAUACAACUACUGCGGGUAAUGAGAAAGAACGUGAAAGAGUUUAUGAUACAAUCUUCCGAUUGCCCUGGAGAUGUGAACUGCUCAUAAACGUCGGCUUCUUUGUCUGCUUUGAUUCAUUUCUGUCGCUGUUAACGAUCAUGCCAGCAAGAAUUCUGAUAACCUUUUGGAGACUUCUAAAAACGAGGCAGUUCAAAAGGCCAUCUGCAGCAGAGCUUUCUGAUUUUGGCUGUUUUUUAAUAAUGGUUUGUGGAGUCACCCUUUUGGAGCGAGCAGAUAUCAGCUUAAUAUAUCACAUGAUCCGUGGUCAAGGAACAUUCAAAUUGUAUGUGGUCUACAAUGUAUUGGAAAUAUUCGAUAAAUUAUGUCAAAGUUUUAAUGGAGACGUGUUGCAAACUCUAUUUAAUUCAGCUGAAGGACUUGCAAACUCUUCGUCAGAAAACAUGAGCUUCUGGAUUUGGAGAUAUGUGUGUGACGAAACUUUAGCUGUUGCUGCUUCCAUUGUUCAUUCUUUUAUCUUAUUAGCUCAGGCAAUUACUUUAUCGACCUGUAUUGUUGCUCACAACAAUGCAUUGAUGGCUUUGUUGGUGUCAAAUAACUUUGCUGAGAUAAAGAGCAAUGUUUUUAAGCGCUUUAGUAAAGACAAUAUUCAUAGUAUGGUAUACUAUGAUUCAGUGGAGAGAUUCCAUAUUUCAGCAUAUAUCUUAUUUGUUUUAGCUCAAAACAUUCUGGAGGCGGAGGGUCCCUGGUUUGAAAGUUUUCUUUUUAAUGCUCUCUUGGUGUACCUUUGUGAAAUGGCUGUUGAUAUCAUAAAACAUUCAUUCAUUGCUAAAUUUAACGGCAUAAAGCCCACUGCAUACUCCGAGUUUCUUGAGGACCUCUGCAAACAGACUUUGAAUAUACAAUCGGAUGAUUCCAAGAACAUUCUCUCGUUUGUUCCUCUGGCGCCAGCUUGUGUGGUAAUUCGAGUAUUGACUCCAGUAUAUUCUGCCCACCUUCCUUCCAAUCCCUUGCCAUGGAAGCUCUUUUGGAUUAUUCUGCUGUUUUUCAUGACCUAUGUUAUGUUAACCAGUCUCAAGGUGCUGAUAGGCAUGGGAUUAAAGCAGCACGCGACGUGGUAUGUCAACAGGUGCCGGAAAAGAAAACAUCAUCUCCAUUCUGAUUAAUUCAAAGAAAGAAAUCUUCACAUACAUCAGGCUCGACUUCUCUGGCUGCUGAAAGUCGGUCAACGUUGACGGGUUAAAGAUCAAACCCACUGGAACUGUCUUUGACCGCAUGGUCCAGAAGUUUAGAACAGCAUGAGGCAGAGCAUCCCCGUCUUAUGGUCUUUUGUUGAGUUCUCAGGGUGGUUAUCUUUCAAUUUUGUUACAUAGAAAGGUUACUACUUGUUCCGUAGCGAAUUGGCUGUGUAUACAAAGGCAACAAAGCCGCUUCAAAAUUGCAAAAUCGAUAAUGUCAAUUGUCAUUUAGCUCCCUGUAUUCAAAUGAAAAAAGAUUGUUGAAGAA